AUGGAUUCUUCUGUCCACGUGAUCGAGUACGAUGAAGAAAAAGUACGCAAAACAAUCUCCAUUUGCAUAGAGAAAGGACUUGGUGAUUACUUAGAGAGAUCAUUGAAUAAGAUCAAGAAUUUACAACAAGAUGCGAGAGAAGACUUGAGUGAUUUUUGUCUGGAAAUGAAAUCUAUCCUUAAACAUGUUAUGCUGGAAGAAAAUAUACUACAACAUAUACCCAAAGGAAACGACUAUUGUGGUAUACCACCAGAAAUAAAAGAUUUUCUUUUUAGAGAACCUUACGUCAAUUCGUUUGGUAUUUGGGAAGACAAGACCUUUAAGGUAUUUAUGGAUGAAAUCGUUGAUGCUGAUAUUCUCAUAGAAAAACUAAAAAGCAAAAAUAAUACCUUUUUCGAAACAUUUGAAAUACAAGUAGAGAAAAAGAAAUUUACUUCGAAGAUUGCAACACAGUUAAAACAAGGUGGAGAGCUACACAAACACACUCCUUCCGAUAGGGGUGAUGAACAUGUUGAGAGUGGUACAUUAGGUGGAUUUGUCAAAGAUACUAGAACCUCUGGAAACUGUUUCGAAGCAUAUGCUUUGACAUGUAACCAUUUAUAUCCCAAAACGAAUGAUUCCGCUUUUGCAACAAUAGAUGGAGAAGAAAGAGAAAUUGGAAAAUGUAUUUUCACCACCCGUGAAAAUUCUUGUGAUUUUGCAGUUGUCGAAAUCAAUAAAGAUCUUAUUAAUAAAUGCGAUUUAAAAUUUAGACGGGACGAUGAAAUGGCGUGCAACGCAGAAGUUUUGGACUGUAUUCCGAUACAUGUUGAUAUCGUACAUAAAAACGGCUCUAAAACAAAUUGGACGCGUGGUCGUAUUGCCAGUCGUGAGUUCUGUGAUGUUGUUAAUGAUAGGGAAGUCUUUGUUGUCAAGGGAUCAUUAGGCCGUCCUUUCUCUGCUCCUGGUGACAGUGGCGCGAUAGUAUUUGCAAGAGACAAUUCAGUGGCUCAAAACACAGUUGAUAUUUUGGGAAUGGUCUAUUCAAAUUAUCCUGAAAUCCGUGACGAUUUUGGCGACCCAGAAUAUGAGCAGGAAAAGACAUUGGAUGAUGCACGAUGCUUGUACGAAAAUGCUAAAAAGGAAAUUGACGAGAGUUUAAGUGAGGCUGAAAGUAGAUUUAAAGAGGUAAACAAAUCUAAAAGUAAAAAAUUACAACUAGAAAAAUCAAAAUCUAGAGAAAAUCCGGAAAAUUACAGUUUAUGUUUUCGCAUGAAUAAUGCCUUUGAGCUUUUAAAACAAGGAAAAAAAUUAGUGGUUGGCUUUGAAAAAGUAGUACAAUCAUCAACUGAGACCGUUGAUUCAUAA